AUGGCCCAGCACCACGAAGGGGACCGUCACACCUUUUACGCCGGCAAGCCGCAGCCUUCGGAGGCGGCCGGCACCUUUGAUACGGUCGAUCCUUCGACUGGCCGCUCACUAUGCACCAUUCACACAUCGUCUACGGCUUCUGUCGACAAGGCCAUUGAGGCGGCUCAGGCUGCCUUUCCUUCGUGGUCAGCGACGCCGCCUAUUGAGCGGGCCCGCAUAUUGCAGCGCGCCGUUGCCCUGCUGCGUGAAAAGAAUGACGAGCUGGCCAAGGUCGAAACUCUGGACACUGGAAAGGCUUACUCUGAGACUUCGACGGUGGACAUCGUGACCGGAGCUGAUGUUCUCGAGUAUUUUGCCAAUCUCGUCUCGAGCGGCGGCUUGAACGGCGAGUCCUUUCGUCUGAGGCCAUCCGCCUGGGUUUACACAUCAAAAGAGCCCCUGGGUGUCUGCGCUGGCAUUGGCGCAUGGAAUUACCCCAUUCAGAUCGCUCUGUGGAAAUCUGCGCCGUGCUUGGCUGCCGGAAACUGCAUGGUCUACAAGCCGAGCGAGUUUACUCCGCUGCACGCUCAAUACCUUGCCAAUGUCUACAAGGAGGCCGGCCUGCCCGAUGGUGUGUUCAAUGUCGUCUACGGUGCCGGCGAGGUGGGAGCACACCUCACUAGCCAUCCCGCCAUUGCCAAGGUCAGCUUCACAGGACAGGUCAGCACAGGCAAAAAGGUUGCUGGCUCUGCUGCGGGAGGCAUGAAGUAUGUCACCAUGGAGCUGGGUGGCAAGAGCCCGCUCAUCGUCCUCCCGGAUGCCGACGUGGAGCAGGCCGUCGACGGCGCCAUGCUGGCAAACUUCUUCAGUACCGGGCAAGUGUGCACCAACGGUACAAGGGUCUUCAUUCCCAAAUCAAUGAAGAAGGAGUUUGAGCGCAUAAUACUAGAAAAGAUGCAGUACGUAAGAGCGGGGGAUUUAUUCGACAUGGCCACCAAUUUCGGUCCCCUCAGCAGCAAAAGCCAUGCCGAGAAGGUCGCUAGCUACAUCAAGCAAGGCAUCGAAAGUGACAAGGCGACGCUCUUGUGUGGUGGUCCUGGCCAGCCUGCCGGCCUCCCAGCUUCGCUCAAGGAUGGCUACUGGGUCAAGCCCACCGUCUUCACAGACUGCACCGACGACAUGGCCAUUGUUCAGGAGGAAAUCUUUGGCCCUGUCAUGUCGGUUCUUACAUACGACAGUGUAGAUGAGGCAGUGAAGAGAGCCAACACCACGGAGCUCGGCCUUGCAGCCGGCGUCUUUGGCAAGGAUAUCAACGAGUGUCACCGGGUCAUCAGCCAACUCGAGGCUGGUAUCACAUGGGUGAACACGUGGGGUGAAUCCCCGGCAGAAAUGGCCGUUGGUGGAUGGAAGCAGAGCGGUGUUGGAGUUGAAAACGGCCGCCGAGGACUCGAGGCUUGGGUUAGGAAUAAGAGCACGCUGGUGGAAAUGGGUGGCAGCGUCGGCACUGUAUUUUCGAAAUUGUAA